GCUCCUCCUCGAUUUACAAAGAAACCUCCGUCUUCCGUUGUCAUCAAGGAUGGCAGCAGUGUGACAUUCAGUUUUUCAAUAUCCGGGUACCCAAAACCCAAGGUAACGUGGUCUAUGAAAACCAAAACCCAAGAAAACCAAACGCGUUUUAGGGUACUAGCUGACAAGUUUGAGAUGAGCGAUGUCCGCUUUGAGGACGAGGGAGUAAUUACAAGCCGCGCCGAAAAUAUAUUUGGUAUUCAAGUGACCGAAGUAAAAAUAACUGUUAAAGGUGAGUAGGCAUAAAUUAAGCGUGUGACACUUGAUGCAGACAGUCAGUAUAUCCUCGUGGCUGCAGAUUGUUUUUCCUAUGAAAUGAUGGCGUUUUCAGCACGUUUAGCACGUUUUGUCCUUUUAUGAACUCCUUCGUGAUUGUCCACAGACUUACGACUGCCACUUCUUUAGGCAAGAUUUACCCCGGCGCUUCAUUUUGUUAUUUUACCCUGCAGGUGCGCCUAGGUUCCCCAAUUCUCCUCCUGUACAAGUGCAUGGCUACUUAAGUAAAGAAACAAGGGUUCAAUGUGACCCCCUGGGGAACCCCACCCCCAAGAUUGAAUGGACCAGAACUCCCUCAGCACCACUCUCUCGAGGACGCAGUGAGGUCAGACAAGACGGACUUUAUAUUAAAAACACAGAGAGUGAGGACAAAGGCAUCUACACAUGUAUCGCGGCCAACGAAUUUGGAAGGGACAUUCAAGGGGCACACCUCAAAGUCAACUCAUUCAGUAAGUGACAAUGUCAAAAGCCCAUCAGGUUUUCCUGGAUUCAUAUUCGAACUCAUCAAUUAAGAGGAUUUUCUCAGUUAUAUGUUUUAGCAGAAUGCCUCAGUGAUAUUUUAAGAGUGUGUCCGUGAGAGAACCAGGCAGAAGGUGAUAAUGCUCAAAUGACGAAUUUUGCUCAAACUUGGCACAAUUGAUGGGUGUGGUCAGAUAUUAACCUGGACAAAAAAUGAGGUCGCAAUAUUGAAUUCCCUGGGAUUUACAGGGACCCCCCCUAAAAACGACAAAAUCUACUCAUUUUUGCAUAAUUAAUUAGCUGACUUUGGUUUGGCUGUUCAACAAGAAGAAAAGACAACUUCAAAUCUAAUCAACUUUAAAAUCUUCUAUGUUUAUCAAACUUAAUGCUCAGUAAUUUAUUUUUACUCUCUAAUUCGAUCUCUUCCUAUUAUUUAGCCUAAAGUAAGGACAUCUUCUCACUGUUUUGACCAAACCCUAAAUUUAAGGUAUUUUAGUGGCUAACAUCUCCCAUGAGCAACAACCUAUGUACUUAUUUCUCACAUAUUCUUUGAAAGACAUCUUUAAGGUUAUCAAAUCAAUCAUAAAAUAUUUGGGCAAUCUCAUACUUUAUCAAUAAUGACGUAUUAUGUACAUCUGACUUGACGCUUAUUUGUCAUUUGACCAAAAUUGGACGAAACGUAACAUUCGUUUUUUUAAACAAAAAUAGCACAAAGUUGGCGAGAAGUCACAAAUCAGAUGCGUCAUUAUCGAUACUAAUAGCGGAAUUGUUAGAACGUGUCACCUGAGGCAUGUUUCCUCUGUUAUUUAUGGACGUUUGGAUGGAUAUUUUAUGGAACGCUUGAGUAAACACAAGGAGCAAAAGAGUUAGUUCAAAACUUCGAUCGGUCCAACUUGUAGGUGAAACAAGACCCAACAAGGUCAAAAGAUAGUGAAUAAAUGUUACAUACACGUCUCUCAGGUGCUUUAGUCCAGAUUUGCUGCUCCAGUUUCGUCUGGUCCUUUGUGGCGUUACUUCGUGACGAGGUAAUAAAAUCGAAACAUCUUGAAACAUUGCAGAAUUAAAAGUGUCGGCUUUUCUGACCGAACAUUCGAAGUCUUUGAAAUAAGUUGUAGUCAGAAAGAACAAAAUCAUUCUCAAAGGACAAGAAGGAUCACUGACAAUCCGUCUAUAUCUACAGAAAACAACCACCUGCUCGAACACCCUCCACCUUUGACUUUAGACUCUGCCAAAAAGAUGAAAUCCGUGACGCCGGACUACCGGACUCCGGAAUGCGGAAUACGCUAUCUAUUGUUUGUACGCGCCAAUAUCCUGUUAUAACUGGUGUGUUGAAAAUAGGUUGUGAAAGUCGUGUUACUUGAAAUUUUGAGUUUAUUCGAUGUUGACAUUAAUUACCAUGAUAAUAAUGGUCCAUAAUAGCCCUUUUUGUAGUCAGACCGUGCUGUGCACUUUUUAGACAAUUAAUGACUUGCCACUGGGUAUAAUUACUUACUUACUUGUAUUUUAAUCCUCGUAGUCUUACAACUAUACAGGUUGGUAUCUGUAUCUGGGUAUAUUAUUGACUACAAGAAUAUAAUAUAAUAACCGUUUAUAAACGUGUUGAGGAAAAACUUCUGAGGAAUACAAAAGACCCAAAAGGGGGCACUAAUACAUUGCAAAAAAAGUCGGCUAGACUUCGUUGGCUAUAAGGGAGGUGUAAAAGAACAGUUUCUUGAACACAGACUAAUACACUAUAUUCACUUCUCAUUUAAGCUGUCAUGCCAUUUGCGGAUUCAUACAGUAGAUUAAGUUCUCUGAACGGACACUCUCGUAUAUAGCGAAUAGCUCUACUUACGACCGCCAUCACAAAAUCCCGUUUCAACUCCCACACAAACUCUGGAUUUUUACAUUCCCGUAGGCGGCCGCGGACACUUAAAGGGUUUACCGGCGAAUUAGAUGUUAGCUUUGAUUUAAAGCUCUCCUAAGCAGACACUCGAAAGAAAUCUUAUCCGCCUCUGAAUGUUGUUUUUUUUUUUUCAUAUUAUGUCCACAGUCAUAUGGCUGUUUGUAACUGUUAUGAAUCAUUCUUAUAUAUCCGUUUCAGAGUUACCGUUUUUUCACAUACUCGUCCGGUUACACUUGAAAAUACAAACUGAAUUGUAUGCUUUUACCUAAAUUACAACAAGGCAAGAAUAUCAGCGUAACCAUACACUAAAAAACAGUUUUUUGCUAUUGACAGUGUUAAUUUGUAGCUGGGAGGAGCUUCCGUAAGCGGCCAUCUAACCUUUACACCACUUUUAAAGUGGCUGAAUUCCACUUGCAUAACUAUGCUGCAUACUCCAGUGAAUUAAGGAAUGGGUCCUCGUUACAUACGGGGUUUUAUGACUUGAUCUUGUUUUUUCCAGUAUCUUCCUUUAUUUUAAUCUUAAACCGCUGUGUUUAAGACCAGAACCACUUUGGACCUUAAACACUUUUUUUUUUUAGAUCACGUGACCAGCCACGCCCAUAAUUAUGCAAAAUUUCGACUUUGCAGAUUACACCAGUUUACUGAAUGUGACAACAAUCGUUUUUUCUUCCAUAAUAUUUCAUUUACAGGAAAAUAAGCUAAAUUAAUCGGGGAUUUGUGGAAUGAUCCAUUCCUUCGUAAUUAUUAGAUAAUUUUCUCUCGUCCCAGUCUCCCUCUUAACAAGAAACGUUAUAGUUUACAAAACGUAGAUAAUUUAAGAAAACCCCGAUUAAUUCCAUAAACUUUGUGCCAAUAGUCAUUGACAAAAAGUGAAUUAAAUUACAAGUGUUAUUUAUAAAGUGGUGUAAAUUUGGAUUGAAAUAAAAAGCCAAAAAAUGGGUGUGGCAAGUCACGUGACACAGAUAAUAUAUAAGUAAUAAUGAAAAAUGAAUGCUUAUGAGGAGUAGAUAUUGAAUUUAAAAUAUUAAUGCGAAAGGUAAAAUCCCUACUAAAACAGACCACCCCCCUCCAAAUUUGCAGUGCCCCAUUCCUUAAUUCACCGGAGUAUGAGAUUCAUUCUUGUAAGCGGCCAGAUCCAGUUAAGGACACCUUUUUCUCGUCCCGAGGGCGCCCUCGUACGAGAGCUUCCACUGUAUUACAAUUUUAGGAUUUCUCUUACAUUUUAACAAAUUUCUCUUAACGAGGCACAGUCGAACCUACGUGCGACCACCCAACUUAAGUGACCACUUCCCAAUAAGCGAUCACUUAUUCAACACACCAAAUAUAUUACCAAGUCAAAGCGCUUGUAGUUGGAACCUCCUGUAAACGAACACAUCCACAUCCAGUAAGCGACCGCGACCACCUUUUACGAUGACAGUCUGAUUGAGAAUUUUCCAUGAUGAAAUGGUCUGAUCUCUGUGUUCCCCGUAUCUCCUAAGCUACUCGGAGUAUGAGAAGAACUUUAGAAACAAAUUAGAUUUAUCUAUAGUAUAUUGUAACUUAAAAAUUGCAUGCAGUACAUUCACUCCAAAAAGUAGAUGUGUCAGCACUUUUCCUCGUUAAAGACCUCCUGCAGUUCGACUCUCGUAAAACCCAAAUUUUCCUUGGGCAACCCCAUGGGCGUUAUUUACUGGGUGUCUUCCGACCACGCACGGACCGGAACAUCAAAUGUCUGUAACUUAAUUGUUGUGUCUGUCCAUAAUUCAACAUCUUCCUGCCUCAGCACGGCACACGGCUGGGCACUAAACUGGUUUUGGCGCCCAAGAGUACGCAAAAAGGCCCUUCCGAGAUCGAUGUCUAGGACGCGAAAUUGACCUUAACUGGGUAGGGUGAGAAAUUUGAAAUCGAAGUAUUACAGUUCAAGUAUCUCUCGGAGGGAAUGUGGGAAGGGUGUUAAACAUAUGGAAGCGGUUGUUUACGAAAAAAUAUCUAACUCAAUGUGAAAGUGUGGUGUAUUUUGAAUUCUACUUGGGAACAUUAGUGCCUCAGUUAGGCUUUAUAAGACCCCCAAAAGACCGUGCGAGAUAAAAAAUUCACUGUUUAUGACAGUCAAAUCCGGUGCCAGCAGGGUAGGGCAUUUGUACGCAAUUUGGACACUCCCCCGGGGAGAAGGGACUCCAGUAUGAAAAAAAAAAUGAAAUUCUUGUCGGAAGCCAAUAUGGACGUGUCUCACGCUUUAUUUGUGUCUUUGAACUGGUCUGCACCAACAUCCGGCUCUUCACUUCGCUGCUAUUUCAUGUGCAACUAAAAUAGAAAAAAUAGCUCUUUCCAAAACACGAAGACAAAGCGAUUUCUAUCUCCGAGUUUGAGAAGACAUGGGAUCAUUUAUAAUCAUGGUCUGAAUAAAGUUGCCAAUAGAUUUGGAAUUCUAAAUUAUUUAUCAGCAUACAAUAACAAUAAAAUAAUCUCAGAGAAUGUCGGAAAGUCAUUUUGUUCACUGAACUCUGGCUCCUGGCUCCUGGCUCCUGGCUCCUGGUCCCUGACUCUCGAUACGAUGUUUCCGUAUGGUGACAACCGCUGCUUAAAAUUGCGGCCUCCAUUUAAUGUCAAAGAUGUCGGACGUUUGCAACAUGUGAAUUGAGCUACAACAGUGGCAGAAAUAAUUCUUUCAAUGGGUUAAGAAUCGGCUUUCUACCUUUCGUAUUGUUUUGUCCUAAAACAACUUGAUUUGGAUUUUGGUGCGUAAACUGAUGGCUAAGGAAUUUUAGUCGUAAGGCGAGUCACGACGCUGAACUACGCUGAACUGGACAUCGAAGGUGGCAUGAAGAACAAAUCAAAGCGGGCACAAACUAGCAGUUGAGACAUAUAAGAGAUACGAAUAUGGAUUUUAUUGAUCGUUUAUAUUGUUUUUAGGGCGAAAUUGUUAAAGUAAGUAGAACUGUGAAUUAAAUCUUUGUAUGUUGUUUUUACUUGAAAAGAUCGCGUAUAUAGCUAUCAAAAAUCAUCGUUAGCGUUUCUUACACAACAAUUUUUAUGAUUUUGCCCUUAUUAAUGUUAAAUCAUUGUCUGAUGAGUUUUUUUGUUCGAUUUCUCCUCAUUCAAAGGCAAACACACGAAUAUUGUGAAGGCCUGAAUUUUGAUGAAAUAUGCAAAAGUCGUUCAGUCACAUGAACAGUUUAUGUCAACACAUGGAAGAAAGUGAAUUGCCCAAACUUUUUAUGAUCUUUUUCUCAACUUAAGUGAUGGCUUUAACUACUCAUGCAAAAGUUAUAAAGAUAAGCGGUUGCUCAUCAGAGAUAUUUGGGUAUAAAAACCCUAAUUUUACGUUUUACUCAAAACUUGGAAAUGAUGACCCAACUUAUGGGGGCUAAGAGGGGGGAAAUCGAAUCGGCGGCUUUAAACAGUUUAUUGUGCUUAAAUUCUUAUGAUGUCAGAUUAUCUCUCAGUGCAUUUAAGUUCCAGGUGGCUUUUCUGUUUGUUGCACUGGCAUCGUAAAGUUAGCUAAUUAAUUAUGCAUAAACGGGCAAAAUGGCGAUUUUUACAAGGGGAGCCCGGAUCUCCCAGGGAAUUUAAUAUUUUGACCGGACAUUCUGUCACAUAAGUUAACUCCUGAUACCUAACAUUUGUGCCACGUUUAAGCGAAAUCGGUGAUUUGAGCAUUAUCACCCCCUGCCUGGUUCUGCCUGGUUUUCUCAUAGACACACUCUUCAUGUGCUCUGGCAGGCUUUGUUAACUUUAAGUUCAUUAAAGAGCCAAAAUGGCUCUUGGUAUUUUGGUUAUCUGUCAAAUUUGUUUUCGUGACCUCGCCAGAACAUGCAUCUCUGUUUAUCCAAGUAAGACCGGGCUCCAUGUAAGUGUUCUUUUUGCCUUUACUAAUAUGGCUAUGCACUUUUAGCAAUUACCAAGGGGCCUUAAAAUCAAAUGAUGAUAUAAAUAUUAUUACUUGUUUAGUAAGAGAGUUUAUAAACAUGGAUUUUCCUAUUAAAUACCAGAAUUAUAUGGGAAAGAGGGUAAUUGGCAAGAAGACUAGGCUACUGGGGCCACUGUUCGUACAGCUAAGGCUGGAUCAAGGCAUAAAAUUGAUGAUCUUAAUACGCUUAUAAUGGUCUUAAGUACUUUGGCUUAUAUGUGUUCUAUCAAUACAAAGAACCACCUACGUUUACCACACCACCACCAGAUGCAAUCAACGCCUCAGGUAUCAGAGAACUGGUCCGAGUCAACUGUUCUGCUACAGGUGCUCCUCUACCAAACAUCACUUGGUACAAGAAUAACGUCACCAUACCCUCCACCUAUUAUGCCAACUCAGAUGAAGUCACCGGCGAGCUCCUGAUUGAUCAGUUCCAGCCCUUAGACCAGGCCACGUAUACUUGUAUUGCUCAUAACAUGUACAAGGAUGAAGUAAAGACAAGUACAAAGAUAGGUACUAUGCUCAUCCAAUUAACAUUAUCUUCAUUUAAGUCUCUGACGAAACCUGCACUAUUGCUACUUAAUACAUUUAAUACGUCCUUGAACAACAGUUGAUGAAGAGGACUUUGUUCGUCAUUGUCACUCACAUGUAAACAAGCCUUGAGAUGAGCAAAAGAUCAGAGAUACAGUAAAAACCCGUGAAUAGGAACCUUAAAAUUAAGAACCUGUUAGCCUAAAAUUUGCCAUUUAUACCCUCUAUAAACAAGAACCCAUUUAGCCAAGAAAAUGAAAAACAGGUUCUUACUUUUUAAAAUCAUAUUAGUGAAAUGCAGCUGCAAAGCUGUGCAAGAAUCUUGUUUAGAAAAUAAGGAGAUUGGCAUUGCUGUGCAAAUAAAAGUGCUAAUUUUAUUAUUGAUGUAAUAAAAAAAUAGAGUGUAAGAGGUUAAUAUUGUUGUAUCACAUUUUGAAAUUGAAAAAUAGGCUGAUUACCAUCUUGUUUUGUAGCUUGAUUUUUUUUUACAGCAAUAAGAACCUAUUUAAGAACCUAAAUAGCCUAAAAUUGUGUUAACUACCAGUUAAAUAAGAACCUGUUUAGGCUAACUCCAGAAAAUGUAGGUUCUUACUCGCGGGUUUUUACUGUAACAUUGAUUUUUUUUCUCGAAAAGUCCUCUCCCAUCCAACCGUAAAUACACCAUAAUAAUAAUAAGAAGAAGAAAGUUCUUUUUACAGGUGGUUUAUGUCACAUAACGUGGUUUUCAAGAGGGCUCUGCAUAAAAACUAAAAACUACAGUACUAAAAAUAACAAAAUAUUAAAAUAGAUGAACUAAAAAGUGUUACACUAAGCGAACUUAUUAAGAAUUAAAAUGUUUAAGUAAUAAAAUUUUAAAAGCAUUAUAAGGUAGACAUCUCAUGUCUUCUGGAAGGGAAUUCCAGUCUGUCAAUGCACUUUUAAAGGAUCUGAGUAGACCCCAGUUCGUGUUUGAUCUAAUAGAUCUAAUAGUUUCCUUGGCGCGGGUGUUAUGGCUAUGAUAGUCUAAGCCUCGAAUAAUCAUACUGUUUCUUUCACUGUCAUUACUAAAAUUAUGCACCGUUGCAUUAAUCUCCUGGUUGAAAAAUUCAUCCAGUUCAGUUCUAGAAGUGCUUGAGUUAAAGAAGAAUGCGUCGCUCGAUCCAGAGCUAGGUUGGCUGCUUUAUUCUGAAGAACUUGGAUAAAAUCCAUUUUAACUUUGUUAUCUUUGUUACCCCAUACGAUACUUGCAUAUUCAAGAAUAGGAAUGACCAUUGUUGAGACAUAGAUCCAUCUAGCAUAAACUGGGAGAAGAUGCUUCAUUCCUUUUAAGACACCUAGUCUCUUUGCUAUUUUACUUUGUAGUUGUUCAAUGUGGUCAUGUCAAGUAAGAUCCUGGUUUAUGAUCACUCCAAGAUACUUGAAUUUGGCAACGUUCUUCAAUUGAUCAUUGUUGGCUACGCGAGCUAUGUCAUUAAAUUGACUUAGUUUGUUACGUCCUCCAAUGACCAUAAACUUCGACUUAGUAACGUUUAGUGUCAGCUUAUUGUCAUGUAACCAAGAUGUAAUAGCUGCCAAGUCUGCAUUGAGCUUUGAUUGCAAAUUGGUUGGUGAGUUCUCAUGACAAUAAAAUGCCAUGUCAUCAGCAAACAUCGUCAUCUUUGAGUGCUGCAGUUCAGAUUGAAUGCCAUUAAUAUACGCCAAGGAUAACAAUAGUCCCAAAAUGCUGCCCUGUAGUACUCCCAUGGUGAUUUUUUCUUUGGGAGACGAUGCAUUAACACACAUCGUUUGUUGAACUCGACCAGAGAGAUAUGAGCGGAACCAUUCCAAGCUUUUCCCUGCUACUCCGAGUGACUUGAGCUUGUUGAUGAGGAGCAGACCGUAAGAUGUCUUCAUCAUAGUUUCACACAUGUUCCGUGCGCGAAUUUUUCAUUUUGAAACAAAUAAUAGAGUAUAUCCAAUGGAAAAUUUUUUGGAGCCAAAACCGACAAACCAAGCAAGGUUGCUCUCGUAGGCUAUGGAGAACCUGGAAAACUAACUUCUUAGAGCAAGGGCAUUGAGCAAUGAAACCAAAAUCAACCCACAUAUGGCUUCCUUGCCGUGAUUCGAAACCGAGGGAGAUUGAUGGGAAAAGAGGCUUCUUACCACUGAGUCAUGACUCUUUUUUUUUUAGCAUUGUCAAUCUCAAGCAGCUUGUACUAGAUCAGAGCCAAUUUAACUUUCUUGGCUGUUUUCUAGUCUUACCCAGCAGCGGUGACCCAGGCAAACCAAAAAAUUCAGCUGUUGUUAUUCAGAGUGAGAACCACUGGGCAGGGCAAUAUGUCUGGUACUUCUGUAAUCCAGGAUAUACUAUGAUUGGUCCAGCUAUCAAGAGAUGUUUCCCAAGCGGAAAGUGGACUGGAUAUACACCAAGAUGUGAGUGAUACAUAGAAUAUGAGCGGCGAUCUGCACGAUGAGCCCUCAAACGUCAAGCUCGUGAAACUGAUUUUCAGGUCCUCCUACAGUUUGAGCUGUUUAUGUUAGUGAGUAAAUUCAGUAAGGAAAAACUUUUCAUACAGACCAUCAAAGACGGGAGAUACUUCUGUACCAGGGUAUAGACACUCAUUACGUAACAUUUCUUUUUUUGUAUUGUUCAGUGUUUAGACCGUGACAAAACACGACUUGCAAGUUUUCAAUAUGUCAGUCUUCGGCCAUGUGACCAUGGUAACCAGAGAUUUCUGAACAUCCCUGAGUUAGUUAUGUAGGGCUGACUUGCGGGUCCAGAGCCUCGAUAUACUAUAAUAUAUCCUAUCAUAAUAUUUGCCUACAAAAACUAAAAAUAAUAGACAAAAUACUGAUGGCUCGAGCUCCAUUCCAUACAGCAAGGGUGAAAAUUGUGUUGUUUGUUACUUUACUACUCUCUGUCUAUAAUCUGAGUUCCCUGAAGAAUGACUUUUUGUAUUCAAUUAAAAUAUAGUCAAUUUAAAAUGACCAUCUUGAGAUGACCUGGACCAAUGAAGUGGAAAAACCUAAUUUUUCUACUUUUGCAUAGUAGAAUAAGUUUUACUUCUCAUUUAUCCUAUUUUGUAGGUACGGAUAAACCGGAAUGCGAACAAUACUGGACCAUAGAUGACUCCACAAGACGUUAUGAUUUUAGGUCAGGAAAAACAAAGAGCGAUAACUAUCUACCUGAGGGAUGGUACAGAUUUAUAAUAGCCAAACAACUGUCCACAAGUUGCACAUAUCCGUCCGGCUAUUGUGAUGCUUCAAAUCAGGGAUCAUUACAGGGAAGUCAUCCGUCGGUCGAGGACGGGGUGGUAUCUCGGAAAGUAUGUUUUGGUUACUAUCAAAGUGGUUUUAGUUAUGGCCAGCGGAGACAAAACACCUGUUGUAAGCAAAGCACAUAUAUAAAGGUUCGCAACUGUGGUUCUUUCUAUGUCUACAAACUGAAGCCCACAUCAUAUAAUAGCCGUUAUUGUACUACGCAAUAUUAA